AUGGAACUCAGCCUUUAUACUGCGGUGCAGCGCAGCAGCAGCAGCAGCAGCAGCGAAAACAGCAGCAGCAGGAGCGAAAGCAGCAGCAGUUGCAGCGAAGACAGCAGCAGCAGCAGCCAAAAUAGCAGCAGUAGCAACGAAAACAGCAGCAGUGGCAGCGGCAGCAGCGAAAACAGCAGCAUCAAAAGUAGCAGCAGGAGCAGGAGCAAAAGCAGCAAAAACAGCAGCAUCAGAAGUAGCAGCAGCAGGAGCAGCAAGAACAGCAGCAGUAGCAGCAGAAGCAGCGAAAACAGCACCAUCAGAAGUAGCAGCAGCAGCGGCAGCGAAAACAGCAGCAGCCGAAGCAGCAGCGGCAGCAACAGCAGCGAAUGCAACAGGAGCAGAAGCAGCAGCAGCGAAAACAGCAGCAGCAGCAGCAACUGCAGCACAGCCUCUUGGGAGCGUUUGCAAGGCGUGGGGUGUACGUACACCGCAAGAGUUCCCGUGAUAAAGAAUUAA